CGUUUUAUUUGGCCUGCCCUCUCAAUUCAACCCAACUACAAAAGUAUCUUUGACUUGGGUCACUGAUUCCCCUUAUCCUCCCUUCUGGAUCGUCCACAAUGGCCAAUAAAAUGUCCAACCCUGCGGAUAAUCAUUUCCGUGUCCCUUCGCUAAUCUGGUUUCUCCUGCUGGACGGAGGAAUGGCUUUGCUCACCAUCAUCACGUUCCGGCCUGAGCUGAUCCCGUACUCGUCGCUGGGUAAAGUACUGGGACCGUUCCUUGUCUACGUGUCAGGGCUGCAUACACUUACUCUGGGAAUAUUCUAUUUUGCAGUCGUAGCACACGUUGGUGAAGCGCUUUGGGCACUGAUGCUUUGCAGAGAGUUGAACAUGACCGGCCUGGUAACUGCCAUGUGGACACUGCAGGUCUUCAUUGUCGGAUUUCCCGCUCUCAACCUGCUCAGGCUACAUCGCAGCCACAGUACGCUGAUGGGCAAGAAGCUUCAGUGAACGGUGCUCCUUAACGUUUAGUCUGCUUGCUUUGCCAAAUGCUCUGGGACUACGUUGACAGUAGUAGCGCUCUGCUGGCUCAAACAAGCACCUUGAGUUGAUUGACUUGAAAGUGGGUGCGUUCGCUGCCCUUUGUCAAGGUGUUUUAGGAGGCCGUUAUCCGGUGAUAAUGUGUGGUGCGUCAAAGAGCAAGCCUCUGCGCACGAUUUGUGGUGCUCUUUGUUGAAAUUAUUUUUCGAUUUGGACUUUAAAUGGGCUGUGUAACACAGUGCACGAAUUGUGGAGUGUGCGCUUACGGAUCUCUCUGUCUGUCUGUCUCUCUUUCUCUCUGUAUCUCUUUUUUCUCUAACAUACCUGUAAUGAAACACUUCUCUAGAGUGUUGUGCAUUAUCCUACUGAGUCUGCUCGUCUUGGAUUGGUGAGGUCGCUGGUAACGCUUGAAACCUA